AUGGCGCUAGCGUGGUCAGCCGGUCUUCUGGUCGAAGCUGUCGUCAUCGCUGUACUCACCUGGGCAGUGGUCAGAUUGGCCGUUUUUCUAAGACAGUUUUACCUCCUAUACAAGGGAGCAGCCCAAUUCCCAAGCCUCCCUAAACACUGGCUGUGGGGAACGAUCCCUACGCUGAGAGAAAUGGGACGGGCGAACUUUAGUCGGUAUUUAGUGGAGCAGACGAAGAAACACGGAAAAGCGUUUGUGUUUUGGCGUGGUUCACUGUGCCCUGAGGUGUUUGUUACCCAUUCGGAAACAGUGGGUCAGAUCCUGAAGACAUCGGAGCCCAAAAAUCAGCGCUUUAAGGCGGGAUAUACUCUGUCCAAACCAUGGUUAGGGGAUGGCUUGUUGAUAAGCAAUGGGAAGAAGUGGGAGCGAAACCGAAAGUUGCUGACACCGGCUUUUCACUUCAACGUCCUGCAGCCGUACAUAAAGGUUUACAAUGAUGCCGUGGACAAUCUUUUACCCAAGUUUCACAAAGCGUCCAAAACCGCUGAGAGUUUCGAAGUGUUUGACCCAAUGGCUCUUUGUACGUUAGACGUCAUGUUGCGGUGUGCCUUUUCUUAUGAGGACAACAUUCAAAGAAAAGCUGGUCUUCACCCGUACGUCAGAGCUGUGAAGAGACUGGCCAAUCUGAUUAGUAACAGAGGCCUGAAGCCACACAUGCGCAUUGACUGGCUCUACGCUCUGACCACAGACGGUAAAGAGUUUAACCAACUGUGUGACUACGUCCACGGAUUUGCCGAUAAAAUAAUAGAGGCCAGGAGGUCAACACUGGAGUCCGUACCGGAUGUAGCAAGAAAACGCCACCUGGAUUUCCUGGAUAUCUUACUCGCUGCGCGUGACGAGUUUGGUGAAGGGCUGUCGAAAGAAGACAUAAGAGCGGAGGUUGACACAUUUCUAUUCGAAGGUCAUGAUACAACUGCCAGUGCCGCCUCAUGGGCACUGUAUGCACUAGCCAAGUACCCCGAUGUUCAGGAGAAAGUAUAUCGGGAAGUUCACGAAAUCUUGGGAGAUCGAGAGUCACUUGAGUGGCCUGACAUACCGAAGCUGAAGUACACAUCGCUGUUUAUUAAAGAAGUGAUGCGUAUGUAUUCUCCUGUCCCCGGCAUUGGCCGCGAACUCUCCAAGCCACUGGAGAUAGACGGCAAAGAAGUCCCGGCCGGAACGGUCAUCAUUAUAUCUUUGCGCACAUUGAAUCACAAUCCUGAAGUCUGGGAGAGUCCAGAGGAAUUUCGACCAGAAAGAUUUUCAGAGGACAAGUUUUCAUCGCGUGACCCUUACUCUUUCGUGCCGUUUUCGGCUGGGCCAAGGAACUGUAUUGGACAAACGUUUGCUCUGAAUGAGGAGAAAGUUAUCGUGUCCAGAAUUGUAAACAAAUUCCGCAUCGUUCUGGACAAGGAACACCCGAUCGUGAUGAUACCCGAAUUGAUAAUGAGAGCUGAACACGGAAUCAAAGUGAAGUUUUUCCCAAGAAACCAGGAUAAGUGAAAAGUGAAAAGUGGAU